AUCUUAAUCAUGUCGACGACGAAGGAAACCGUCAGCGUGACCGGCGCCGGAGGAUUCUUAGGCUCUUGGGUUGUUCACAACCUACUCUCCAAAAACUAUCUGGUCCGUGGCACCGUCAGAGACCCCUUGGAUGCAAAGAAUGCCCACUUAAAGCAACUCCCCCACGCAUCCACGCAUCUGGAGCUCGUGAAGGCCGAAUUACUGGACUACCCUUCUCUGCUUUCUGCAAUUCAAGGCUGCUCCGGCGUCUUCCAUGUCGCUAGUCCUGUUCCCUCUUCCGUCGUACUGAAUCCACAGACUAGUGUAUAUAUCCUAUACUCCUAA